CCAAGAGGUCGCUGCCGCUCGGGCUUCCGGGACGUGCGGCCCGCGAGCGCGCAUGCGCCACCCGGGGAGGGCACUUUCUCAUUAGCCCGGGGCCGCCUUGCGGGAGCGGUUUGUGGGCGUCAGGUUGCCUAGUCCUAGAGUUCGAGGCUCCCUCUGGAUGAGAAUUGAGCUGUCAGUGCUGCCAGGAAACCCGGGGUUACAGCACGACGGGGUCCGUGGCUCCAGAUAUACGUCUUGAUCCUCAAACUAAAUAGAAAGCUUCAGGAAGGAAUGAAUGAUGAAGCUCUACAUAUAGUAGCUGCUCAAUAAACCUGUAUGAAAGAUGAGAAAGAAUUUCAUGGAGACUCCACUAACCUAAAUAUUGGUGUUUGAUUUCAUAGAGUAAAUUCUUUUUGAGAAGAAACUUACGGAUAUCCAAAAAUGACUGAGACUGAGCAGGCAGAGGCCCAGCUCUCUGAGUUAGAGCUGCUAGCCAGUAUGUUCCCCGGUGAGAAUGAGCUUGUCGUGAAUGACCAGCUGGCUUUAGCAGAACUGAAAGAUUGUAUUGAAAAGAGGACAAUGGAGGGACGAUCUUCAAAAGUUUACUUUACUAUCAAUAUGAACCUGGAAGUAUCUGAGGAAGCAAUGGUAAUGUUUUCUCUGGCCUGUAUUCUUCCCUUUAAAUACCCUGCAGUUGUGCCCGAAAUUACUGUCAGAUCAAUAUCAUUAAGUAGAUCCCAGCAGACUCAGCUGAACACAGAUCUGACCACAUACCUGCAAAAGAAUUGUCUCGGAGAUGUCUGUAUAUUGAAUGCCACAGAGUGGGUUAGAGAGCAUGCCUCUGGCUACGUCAGCAGAGACACCACACGUUCCCCAGCUCCAGGAAGCACAGUCCAGCCAGUCGAUCUCAUUCUCACGAGACUCUGGAUCUAUAGCCAUCACAUCUACAACAAAUACAAAAGAAAGAAUAUUCUAGAGUGGGCAAAGGAGCUUGCCCUAUCGGGGUUUAGUAUGCCUGGGAAACCUGGUGUUGUUUGUGUGGAAGGCCCACAAAGUGCCUGUGAAGAAUUCUGGUCAAGACUCAGAAAAUUAAACUGGAAGAGAAUUUUAAUUCGCCAUCGAGAAGACAUUCCUUUUGAUGGUACAAAUGAGGAAAUGGAAAGACAAAGAAAAUUUUCAAUUUUUGAAGAAAAGGUGUUCAAUGUUAAUGGAGCCAGAGGAAACCACAUGGACUUUGGUCAGCUUUAUCAGUUUUUAAAUGCCAAAGGAUGUGGGGACGUUUUCCAGAUGUUCUUUGGUGUGGAAGGACAGUGACUCAGCAGAGGAGUAGUUGAAAGUGUUUUGUCACUGUUGGCCUUUUAAUUUUUUCCCCACUCUCUUUUGAAAGACUAAGUAAUUUUACUUUAGUCUCAUUCUAGAAUGUUAGGGGGAAAAAAGAGAAAAAGUAGUAUAACUGAAAUGCAUCUGUUAAAAAUAUGUCAUGAUUGAAAGCACAACUGAGUUUCAAAUUAUAAUCUUAAAAUUGUUGAUAGAAAUUUCUUGACAUAUAAACUACCCAUGUUGAAAAGAAAAUUAAUUAUACUUGAAGAUGAUAAUUCUGGUGGUCCAACGUGCCACCCAUUCCCAACCCUCUUCCCCUUUCCCUGCCUGCACUAAAGAACCUGGAAAGCUAAAUGCUCACUCUCCUAGCCUCCCUUGUAGCUAGGGGUAGCCUUGGGACACAGCUCUGGCUAGGGGACUUCAGGGAAAACUUUUGCUUUCUGGAUUAAAAUGAUAGAUGCAGCUAGGGCACCUCUUCUCCCUCUUUCUUCCACAAACACCAAAGUGGUGGCUGGAGCUGCAGUAUCCUUUCAACACCAGGGAAGGACGGACCAAGAGAAGCACAGAGAUGUCAGUCCCCCAUGUUGCUGAGCUGCUGAUCCAACACCAGCCCUUGCCUAUCUCUAGACAGCUAAUUAUGACAUAAAACUAGUUUUAUU